GACACAGAGAGAGAGACACACACACACACACACACACACACACACACACAGAGAGAGACACACAGAGAGAGAGAGAGAGAGAGACACACACAGAGAGAGAGAGAGAGGGUAGCGGUGAAUGGGCACGACUCACUGCGCCCUUCACUUAUCGAUAUCGAUCAGUUUGGUCAUCGAGACGUUAACCCCCAGCGGGUCCGGGAGGUCGGAGCCGGAGCACCGGGGGAGUCCGCGAUGGGACGCGUGUGAAGCCGCCGCAGCAGCAGCAGCCUGGCGGACAGAGGAACAAGGAAGCGGACGGCUAGCUGCGCUGCACCGAAGCUAACGUUGGCUAACUGUCGGCUACAACCGUUUCUAAUGAGCGACCGAGGACCAUGCGAGCUGAUACGAAGAGCUGACUUGUUCGGGGAUGUCGGGCAGUAAGGCGCUGGGCGGGGGGGCCGGUGGGGGGGCGAGGCGCAGGCGGACGCGGUGCCGGCGCUGCCAGGCCUGCAUGAGGACCGAGUGUGGAGAGUGUCACUUCUGUAAGGACAUGAAGAAGUUCGGAGGACCGGGUCGCAUGAAGCAGUCCUGUCUCCUGAGACAGUGCACGGCGCCCGUGCUGCCUCACACGGCCGUGUGCUUUGCGUGCGGCGAGGCGGGGAAGGAGGACACCGUGGAGUCUGAGGAGGAGAAGUUCAGCCUGUGUCUGAUGGAGUGCACCAUCUGUAACGAGAUCAUCCACCCGAGCUGCCUGAAGAUGGGAAAAGCUGAAGGAAUCAUCAACGACGAGAUCCCAAACUGCUGGGAGUGUCCCAAGUGCCACAAGGAGGGCAAGACCAGCAAGGAUCAGGCCGAUGGUUCGGGGAAGCGGCGCCUGGAUAACGGCGAGGUCGGCCGCUGGAAGCUCACAGAUGACCCUCCCCCUAAAAAGAAAGCCCCUCCCUCCCUGGAGGAGGGGGGGAGGACGGAGCCGGGGCACAAGAGGAAGAAGGAGAAGGAGCAGCCUCAGGACAGCGGCACCAAGAAGAAGAUGAAAGGCGUCCACGAAAAACGUCUCAAAAAGAAACCCAAACAGGAGGCGGACGAGUUGAACGGUCCCACGUCAUCAGCAGGAGGCGGAGCAACAGGAACGCAGGGUUCCUCUUCCUCUUCCUCCUCUCAGCCAGGUGGCGGUGGGGGAGGAGCCGGGGGCACAUCGAGCGCAGACCAGCGUUCGCAUCACCGAGAGAAACUGGAGCGUUUCAAGAGGAUGUGUCUGCUGGAGCGUCGGGCCGAGUCGUCGUCGUCCUCCUCCUCCAGCUCAGAGUCCGACUCCGAGUCCGACUCUGACGACUCCCUGAGGAGGGAGCCGGGGGGAGGUUCCUCCCCCUCGUCCUCCUCGCCCGCCCCGCCUCCUCCCGUCGCCUACGGCAGCAGCAGUGGAGGCCGGGGAGAGAGGGAGAGGAGUCGCAGCGAACGCGAGAGGGAGCGGGAGCGGGAGAGACGUCUGGCCGAGCUCGGCUUCAGCGCCAGCGAGGAGUCGGAGGGGGAGGGGGGGAGGGGGGAGGAGGAGGAGCGGGAGGAGGAGCCGGGAGGGGGAGACAAGGUCCGGCGGAGAGGGGGAGGAGACUCGGCGUUACCGCCACGUGGGCGGAAAGGAGGGCUGGACGGAGAGGAGGAGGACACCCCCACCUCGGACAGGACCAGGAAAAACUCCUCCUCCCUCCCCCCGCCCUCCCCCCUCUCCUCCAAUCAAAUGCCUCCGUCCUCGCAACACGACGGCUUCACGGGGAAGCAGCGGAGCAACGGGGAGGCGCGGAACGGACGGACACGGGGAGGGACGGGAGGGGGGCGGGAGGCCGGCGAGAAGGAGAAUGCCAGCGGACUUCAGACCAAUCACAGACACAGUGGGGGAGGAGGGGGCGUGGCUAAAGGCGGGGGGAGUCGUUGCAACAAGAUCCGUAGCAAGAACCAGACGUCGAGGAACAACCCCUCGUCCAUCCCCACCGCCAAUGGGGGCGGGGCGGGAGGUGGCCUGAUGAUGUCAACCUUGGCGGCGUCUCCCUGCUCGCAGCCGUCCCGUCUCGCCCCUCGCUCACAGAUGAUGAAGCGCAGCCCGCCCGCCGUGCCCUCACCCCCACGCCCGGUCCAGAUGGAGAGACACCUGGUGCGGCCCCCCCCCACCUGCCCCGAGCCCAGCUGUCUGCCCCUCGACUGUGGAGCAUCUCAUAUCAUGACCCGGGACGUCUGGCUCCGGGUCUUCACCUUCCUCAGCCACCGGGACCUGUCUGUCUGCAUGAGAGUGUGUCGCACCUGGGGCCGCUGGUGCUGUGACAAGAGGCUGUGGCCUCAGAUCGACCUGAGUCGUCAGCGCUCCAUCACCCCCCCCAUGCUCAGUGGAAUCAUCCGCCGCCAGCCGGUCGCCCUCAACCUGGGUUAUACCAACAUGUCCAAGAAACAACUGAUGUGGCUCAUCAACCGGCUGCCAGGUCUGUUGGAGCUCAACGUGUCAGGUUGUCCGUGGCCGGUCGUCUCUGCUCUGUGUCAGACCGUGUGUCCAUGUCUGAAGCUGUUAGAUCUGAGCAGAGUGGAGGAUCUGAAAGACUCUCACCUGAGGGAGCUGCUGGCUCCGCCCCCUGACACCAGGACAGCUCACGGCGAGACCCGGGUCGGGCGCUUCCAGAACGUGACGGAGCUGCGUCUGUCGGGUCUGGACCUGUCGGACGCUUCGGCCCGGCUGCUGCUGCGGUACGUUCCUCAGCUGAGCCGACUGGACCUGAGUCAGUGUGGGAACAUCACGGACCAGACGGUGCUCACCCUCACCUCCCCCCUCUCCCCCCUCAGGGACUCGCUCACCCACGUCAGCCUGGCAGGUUGUGUCAAAGUGACGGAGCAGUGCAUCUCGUUGCUGCGUCGCUGCUCGUCGCUGCAAUCAGUCGACCUGCGCUGCUGCUCGCUGCUCUCCUCCGAGACGGGACAGCUGCUCUGCUUCCCCUCACAUGCCUCCUCCUCCUCUUCCUCCUCCUCCUCCUCUUCCUCUGCCACCGCCACCGCCACCGCCACUGCUUCAUCCUCCUCCUCCUCCACGUCGUCCUCCUCCUCUUCCUCCUCUUCCUCCUGUCCUGCUGAAGAUAGAACGCUGCUGAAGAACAGCUAAAGUCCUGGGACCUGACAGCCAUGCCCCCUCCUCGUUACACUACAGACAGGUGAGGAGGAGGAGGAGGAUGAGGAAGAGGACCAAGAGGAGGAGGACGAGGGACAUAUUUUUGGAAAAAAUUGUCAGGAAUAGUUAAAAAAUAUCAGAAACCCUGAGCAUGUACAUAUUUGUUCUCUGUACAAUUUUGGGUGUGUAUAUAUCUGUAGUUAACUGUAAAUGACCUUUGACACCCCCCCCCCCGACACACUCCUCUCCUUCUGUCCUUCCACCUUGUGAUAUCAUCAUCGUGCCAGACUGCUCGUCUGUUGCCGCACGACACGAAACAGGAAGUCAGAGUCGUGGUCGUGGGGAACGAUGUCGACUUGUAGAAAAGUUGGAGCUAACCGCUUCCCUCCGCUUCCAGUGUUUGUGCUAAGCUAGGCUAAACACAUCUGUGUCUCUAUCAGCUGAUCCAGGUUCAGUCUGACAGUCUGGUCAAUCAUCAUCAUAAUAAUAAUAAUAUUAAUAAUCUGACUGGACGUCGCCACCGGGUUCCCCGAGCCCACGUUCACAGUGUUUCCGUGACGACUGACGAGUUUCCUGCCGCCUGUCAAAAUAAUGUACAAAGUGAAGUUAGCCAAGUUUCUAGAACAGAAGCAUUGUGGGAAAAGUCAAACCCGUCGGAGAAAAGUGACGAAUGGACAUCGAGCUAAAUGAAUGUACCUCAACGUGUGUGAGACCUCCGCAGACUGCUGGAGUGUUGUAGCUUGUUGUGAGGGCUCUGCCCACACGCAUCACUGUUGCUAUGGUUACGCCUGGCGGAAACGCUGCUGGUCCUGUCAGUGUUUUAGUUUAUAAAGGAUGACAUCAUCACUUUCUCUUCUCUGAUUGGUUCUCAUCAGUCAGGAACACUUCCUCCUUCAGAGGACUUUCUGUCACUAAGCAACCAGCUGCAGAGGAAGACGAUCUACCUACUGUUUACACCACAUGACCAGGUCACGUGACGUGUGUUGUCAGAUGAGUCCGUGUGUGCGGGGCUAAAAGCAUUCUGUGGUCACUUUAGCUUUAAGAUGAAAAUGUGUCGGUGUGGGUGGAGCCUGUUGGAGGUUAACACCCCCAUGACCUCACCUGACAGGUCAUCAACCUGCGACGAACACAUCUGACGCUGCGCUCGUCACGUUCAGUGUUUCCUGUUUCCUGUUUCCUGUGUGUGUGUGUGUGUGUGUGUGUGUGUGUGUGUGUGUGUGUGUGUGUGUGUGUGUGUGUGUGUGUGUGUGUGUGUGUGUGUGUGUGUGUGUGUGUGUGUGUGUGUGUGUGUGUGCCUCAGUCGUUCAUGUUUCCUUUUGAUUUUCAUAUCGGCUCCAAUUUCCCUCCAUCGUCUGUUUGUCGCCUCCAAUCAGAUCGAUUGAUUGAUCAGAUCCAUUGAUCGUGAUUGACGGAGUUUUUUUCUCAGGAGUAUUUAGUUUCUUUUCUUCAUGUCAGGUUUUAAUUUAUUGUUUCUCACGCAGACGUUUCUGACUGGUUGAGAAUAUUUCACUGUUUUCUACGUGAUGACAUCACUUGAAUCUGAAUCGGUUGCUAUGGAAACAACGAGAUGUUCAGAAAGAAAAAGUUUCAAAUACUCGUGGAAAGUAAAGUUCAUGAGAUACAAAGUCGACAUUCACGACCUCGUGACCUUGUGACCUCGACGUCGUCUCAUGAUCCUGAUCUGUUCUCAUCAUAUAGAUUUACUGUAUCAAUUCUGAAGUCAUAAUCUUCAUGUAGAAUCAAAACCAAACCACGAGUAUAUAUUAUCUGACAUGCUUCUGUCUGGAUCCGUUCACCCAAGUUCAUCAUAACAAUCAUCAUCAUCAUCAUCAUCUUGACGCAGAAAAGCAAGAAACAAAUGAAAUGGAUUUGAUCUGGAGAAUCAGCUGUUUGUCAGUUUAUCAAAAAGCCAAUCAGAGAGCGGUUAGCUCACGACCCCUUAGCCAUGUUAGCUGCUCUGAGGUCAGAAACGUAAACUGUCCAACGCAGACGUUGAAUCAGAAUAUUCAGAUUCAAUUUGCUCGAGAGAAUAAAACGGACAUUUCCUCAACCUGCGCUGCUAGCUGGCAUGUUAGCAAUCUCAGGUAGCAAGCUAACUAACACUAGCUUGUCAACGCGCGUUAGCCUGCUACACAACUACAUCGUGAUUAGAGCUGAAAAGAUCAAUUAUGAAAUAAAUCAACUUGAAUCGAUGAAGAAACGCUGAGUUCACAGCCGUGAUGAUUUUAAUCAUUAUUAUUAAUAAUGUUCGUAAUAGCCAUCUACAGUCUUCACGUACAAAACAAACGAGACUCAAUAGCCACAAACAGCUGCCGCCAUUUGUCCUCGUGUCUCUUUCAUUCUGGGGGAGGGGGGGUCACAUGGGGCCACAGGCCCCUCGUCGUCCAAUCAGUCGCUGUUGAAAUAAACGCCACCAGUGGUCACGUGUAGAAUACGACUCGUUGUGCCAUAACUAUCCAGAUCCACGUGUCACUUUGUUUUUUACUUUUGUAUUCGGUUGAUGGUUUUGUUUUUAACUGUGAUGUCGGGCUCUGUCCUGCGAACGAUGCUUCAAACUUCACCUAGCAACACAUGAGGAGAUCAAAUUUGAUUGGAGGAUAAACUCUGACAUCUGAAAGCUCUUAUCCAAUCAGAUGCCCUCCGUCUGGGGGUUUUAUCGAUGCACUGGAUCAUCAUAUUUUAUUAAAUGUAAAUUUAGUUGUGAAAAGGGGCAUUUUUACCAUUUUUUGUUUGUUUUUUGAUCUUUUUUAUUGUUUGUCGUGACUCUUCGUUGUGUUGACGAGAAGUGACGGCGACGUUGGAACAAAAGUAAAACGAGACAAAAGACUCGAGGCAGCUACGUAUGAGUGAACUACUGUAAGAUGACGAACUAAUAAAGAAACUAUGGGUUUGUUUUUACAGCG